CGUGGGUUCAAGUCAGGCGCAUCUGGGCGUGGGUGGAACCUGCAGGGUGAACUCAGGUUUGGGGAGGGGGGGGGCUUUGCCAUGGGCCCCCCCGGGUGGGAAGCAGUGGGGGCUGCCAUAGGAUCAGCCCCAUAAGAUCAACCUCCCCCCCCGCCUCCCCCGUGGCUUGAGGGGGACUCGACAAGGCCAGACGUUGAGGGUGGGUAGAGAGGGUCCAGAUUUGAGUCCUGGGGGGGGGCUUGUCAUGGCCUCUCCUUCCAGGCAGGGCUCCCCUGGUGGGGGUGGGCUGCUUCAGGGGAGUCGGACCCGAUCCUACGGCAGCCUGGUGAAGACCGUCAGCUCCCCGGUGCGGGAGAGGCGAGUGGAGCAUCGUCUGGAACCCGGGGACACCCUCCAGGGGCUGGCGGUCAAGUACGGGGUCACGACUGAGCAGAUCAAAAGGGCAAACCGGCUUUAUACCAAUGACUCCAUUUUCCUCAAAAAGCAUCUCUACAUCCCGGUGCCGUUCGAACCCAGAGGGCUCUCUAAUGGGUUAAAUCUCGAUGAGGAUGAGGAAGAGGAACAGAAGAAGAAGAUAGACGAUGAGGCCGGAGCUGAUCCACAGGAAGCCACCACAAAACAAAAGCACCCCCGUAAGAACGGGGCCUCGGGCGCUGCCCCGAAACACGAUCUCUCGGCGAUGGAUUUCCUCUUCAAGCUGGACUCUGAGAUCCGCCGGUCGAAGCAGGCAGCUGCCAAGAAGCUGCGCGAGGGGGAGAGCCCGGCUUCUGGGCAUGAUCCGGGGUCCGGCGGUCCAUCCGAUGCCUCUUCUUCCUAUCAGAACGAGCCUUUGCCACGCGGCCAGCAGCACGCCAUCCUCGGCCCAGUGCCGCUCACCAAAAUUGCCCGGGCUGACACCCUUCGGGAUCAAGAGGACGAGAUCUUUAAGCUCUGAGAGCCCCCUCCCCCCGCCUGCCUCCCACCCUCCAUCCUGGCGACCUCCCUGAGACUCCGGGGCUAAGGCGGGCGGGUGUGCCCUACAGCCCGGCCCCUUUGGCCUUCCCCCCCCCGCUGCGCUUUCCUUCCCGCAGAGGGAACCGUCCCUUUGCCAAAAGCCUGAGGGUUCGAAGGUCCUUCCGGAAGGAGGCGCUGAGGGUGUCCUCUGGGGACGCGCCGGCGGCCAGCAGGGAAAGGCGGAGGAGGUCUCCAGCGGAGCGCCACAACUGUGUCGUCCAUCUUUUUCCUGCCCCUGAGAUGUGAAUGGACUCUUUCUAUCUGCUUGUGUGCACACGCGCGUGUGAGGCUUGGGAGAUUCUUUGUCCCAUGGUGUGUGGGUUUUUUUUGCAGGGGGGAGCGGCGUCACCCUUCCUUUGCCCUGGAUCUUUCUAUUUAUUGCCUCCAGUGCUGUCUCUCCUGUGUUGUCCUCCUCGGUCCUCAAAAUGGGAAAAGAAAUGAGAGUCACUCGCGUGUCCUGCACGGAGUCUGUCCUGAUGUUCACCUGGAGUCACCUGGGGCGAUCACAACGGUUGGUGGGAGGGGAGCCCCGCGUGCCUCCUUGGACCCCCCCCCUCCGAAGGGGCAGAAUGAAUGAAUGAAUGAACUGCUCCAAUCUGACCCUCCGGCCUCAAGGUUUUGUGUCUUUCCUGUUUCGAUGUUGUCAUGGGUCUCCCACCCCACCCCCACCCCCCCGUGACGCUUGUAACUACCUACCCCUGGGAUUAAAACAGCCAGCUAAUGUUCGUUGA